AUGAUUGGAAAUGAGGAGGAUGGAAAAGGAAUAACAGGAAGUAAAUGCUUUAAGUAUAAAGAAACAGGGAUAGACUUAAAUUCUCAUCUGCAGGUCCCCACCCCCUCGCAGAAGGGGCAAAAUGAUAGAAGCAUACAAGCAGAGCAGCAGGAAGCAGCUGACAAACCAAGAGUAGCUGAAAAUAGAGCAGCAACAAACAAAGGCAGACUAGCUGAAGAGACCAGAGAAGCAUCAGAGAGGCAGCUGAGAGCCAGCAGAAUGCAGCAGAAAAAAGCCAUCUGAGAGGCAGCAGCAUCAGAAAUUCCAGCUGA